AUGCGAGCUGUUGCCUGGCUCGCGGCUCUCCCGCUUCUUCCUUGCAUCUCUGCCAAAGUGAUUCCUAUCCCUCGCUCAAGACUGCUGAAAGACAGAGAUUCCUGGAUAGAUGUGACGCUGUCAGCAUCACCUAGAACCACGCUGACCCCCUCAAACAGUUGGAUGAGCACUACAUCCACUGCUACAAGCACAACCACCGCACAGUCAGGCUCUGGCUCUUCUUCCUACCAAUAUAUCGAACCAAGCGACUACAACGCAGAAGACUAUGCCGAUGACGUUCUCCUCUUUCUGCAGGAUGAACUGUACACGCUAUUGCCAGACUCUGGAAUCGAGUUCGACUGUCCUGACAAUUACUUCACCAUGUAUUUCGACGAGAGUGUUGCCAUCAAUGGAUCCCUACAAGAAUGGGGCGAGACCUUCGAAUCUGGCAUCAUGAUCAUCCCAAAUAACUGGACAUCGUAUUGCGGUGACAUCUCAGACUGGACACUCUAUGGCUACAGUGACCCGGAUGUUGUCUUUAGUGACAACGAUGAAGAGACACAGUACUACGACACUAUCCGCGAUCCCGAUGUACAAUACGUGGUCGUGGUGCUGCAUGACCUGGUUGAAGUCAACUGGCUCAACAGAUCCAUGACUUUCGAAGCCUAUGCAGAUGACUUCCGCGCCAUCAUUGGCGCCCUCAACACGGCUCCUGAGGAGUACGACUAUUUCUCGCCCGGUCCCAUUGCCAAUUCAACCGAGGACGAAAUCGACUUCUUCAACCCGGAUGUCAAGCGGCGCGAUCUGUCAGGCGUGCAUUCGCUUUCCAAGCGAGCUGGAGUAGCAGACCUUGUCAAAGUCGUCAAGAUUUUGCCGACACUGUCGAAGCUGACCCCCGAUGUUAUCAAGAACGCUGUCACGUUGGUCAACCAGAGCUUCCGAAUCAGUCACAUCAACGAUCUACAGACAGGGUCAUUAAAGAAUCAGUUCACUGACCAGGUUGUGAACAUCGACCUAGAUCUUUCCGCCCUUCCCCAACACCCGGAGUGGACAGGAUUCUCGUACAGACUGUAUCAAUUCUACUACCGUGGCAGUUACUGGGUCGAGCUCUGGCGGACUGCCCUUCCAGAUGGAAAUACCAAUAACAACAAUCCGGGAGGCCCAUCCUCUGUUCCUACGACUGCUACGACCGCCACGACCACCACGACCACUACGACCACUUCCUUAUCCGCCCCCAGUCCUCCGUUUUGUUCUUGGUCACCUAACAAAGAGCCGCUCGACAAGGAUUCCGGAACGUGGUGGAAACAGCUCUUCAAGAUUGACGUCGAGAAGCUGAGCACGACCGGAGAGAUUCCCUUCCCGCUCAAGCUCCUGGACUUACCUGGCGUUGUGAGAGCCGGGAAAGAGGCGCGAGACGCCAUAUCUAGCGCCCAGCAGGUGCUCAAACGCUUCACGAUCCUCUCCAGCUCAACCACAAGUACAACUGUGGGUGCUGCCGUAACCACAACAGCUUUGGCCCUCACAAGCACCACUGCGGUCGCGACGACAAGUGCGACUGGUGACACCGCAUUGCCCACAAGCACGGCGGCCGUAGCAACAUCGCAACCAACACAAGCCCUAGCAGCCCGGCAAGACUCUGAGACAAGCUUCUACGACAACUGUGAUGUUGAAAUCCUCGACUGGAACAUCGAAUUCAAGUUCGGGAACACAUCCGCCACAGUGUUCCCGCCCACACUCUCCUUCCACAAUUACGCCUUGAAGAACAGGGCCUCCAUCCAAGUCACCUGUCGGGACCGCUUCUUCGAGACCCGUGAGGCGUCAUACUUCCGCAUCGCCGCAGUGCCCAUCGGCGGCUGCGCGACCAACACCGAGCUUGAGGUCGACGCGUUCUUCGUCUUGUUCCUCACCUCCGUGUUUUCCUCCGGGUCCAACGGCUCCCUCACCAUCGACUUCUCGUACACGUGGGACCCGAUCAACUUCAACCUCGAAUUACUCGGUGGUGGGCCCAACGACACCAUUCAGCUAAACGCGACGAAACUCGGCAUCGGCCCGCCCUCGACUUCGGGCUUCCACUUUGACUACCUGAGGGCCACGGCGUCGUUCCCCAAUAUCGAGAUGGGGUUUGCCCUGUCGCCGGCCAUCCAGAUCGACGUGGUAACUCCGCUCUUGAACUACACGCGCGGCCUGAUGCUGGGGCCCGCGGUGAAUCUGAUCUCGAACGGCACGUUUAGUAUUGGCUCAGGGUCGGCGAGUUCGGGUUCGAGUUCGAGUUCGGGUGCCAGCUUGAGCCUGGCUGCGACAUCAACGUCGUCGGCCCAGGAGAGCGGGAGCACGGACACGAUAUCGGACGGCAGCGACUUUGCUAAUUCCACGGACGUUGUCAACUUGGCGGGGGCGAAUAAUGGCACGACGUCUUCGUCGGGUGGUGUCCUUGCCGGCACUGAUGUCGAUGUGCUCACGGGCAUGAGUUGGGGUGUCCUAUGGACAGACUACACUUACCAGAAGCUAGGAGGGCGUUUAGGCAAUAGGUUCAAAUUGCCGGCCUCGAAGUCAAAGGUCGGAUGGUUGUACGGGCCUUUCAAGUUCUGGUCGCGGGAUCCGUCGUGA